AUGCGCCGCCUGUCCCUCCUCCUCCUGGCCGCGGCCGCCCUCCUCGCCGCCGCGGUGGCAGGAGUGCGCGCCGGGCCGGAAAUGCCCCAAGCGGCGUCGGUGGCAGGAAUGGGCGCCGGGCCGGGAGUGCCCCAAGCGGCGGCGGCGGCGGCGGCAGGAAUGGGCGCCGGGCCGCAAGUGCCCCAAGCGGCGGCGGCAGGAGUGCUCGCCGGGCCGGGAGUGCCCCAGGCGGCGGCGGGGGCCCCGGCGGCCAAGCUGUCGCCCGAUUUCUACAGCCAGACGUGCCCACGGGCGGAGCGGAUCAUCGCGGAGGUGGUCCAGUCGAAGCAGAUGGCGAACCCGACCACCGCCGCGGGCAUGCUUCGCGUCUUCUUCCACGACUGCUUCGUGACCGGCUGCGACGCCUCCGUGCUGAUCGCGCCCACCCGCUUCGCCAAAUCCGAGAAGGACGCCGAGAUCAACCACUCCCUCCCCGGCGACGCCUUCGACGCCGUGGUGCGCUCCAAGUUGGCCCUGGAGCUGGAGUGCCCCGGCGUGGUUUCCUGCGCCGACGUCCUGGCCCUGGCGUCCAGGGUGCUGGUCACCAUGACCGGAGGCCCCAGGUACCCGGUCCCGCUGGGCCGCAAGGACUCGCUCUCCUCCAGCCCCACCGCCCCCGACGUGGAGCUCCCGCACUCCAACUUCACCGUCGGGCGCAUCCUCGAGCUCUUCCUGGCCAAGGGGUUCACGGUGCAGGAGAUGGUGGCGCUCUCCGGCGCGCACACGCUGGGCUUCUCCCACUGCCAGGAGUUCGCGUCCAGGAUCUACAACUACCGCGACAAGACCGGCAAGCCGGCGCCGUUCGACCCGACCAUGAACCCGGGCUACGCCAAGGGGCUCCAGGCCGCCUGCAAGGAGUACCUCAAGGACCCCACCAUCGCCGCCUUCAACGACGUCAUGACCCCCGGCAAGUUCGACAACAUGUACUACGUGAACAUUGAGCGCGGCCUGGGCCUGCUGAGCACCGACGAGGACAUGUGGUCGGACCUGCGCACCAGGCCCCUCGUGGAGCGCUACGCCGCCAACAACACCGCCUUCUUCGACGACUUCGCCCGCGCCAUGGAGAAGCUCAGCAUGUACGGCGUCAAGACCGGCGCCGAUGGCGAGAUCAGGCGGCGCUGCGACGCCUACAACGACGGGCCCAACACCCUGUGAUCGAUGCGCGCAUACGUUCCGCCGGCGUCGACGUCUCUGCCUACCACGAAACGUGCUGCAUCGACCAUUGCAUGCAUGCAUGCUUGUGCGCGUUGAGUUUCCACAGGGUGGCCUUGGGAUAUCUUCGGGUGCGCUCAAGGUUAUGGAUCGGGACCGGCCGGUGAAGCAAGUUUAAUUCAUUCUCGUUCGAUUGAGUUUUUCUUUUUCUUUGAGGGGUCUUGUUCGAUUGAGUAAUCUCUUUAGUUUGUGUGCGGUAAAAAAGUAAUCGACAUUGAUGUCUUAUUUGUAUUCAUUUUUUCCUCUUCUUUCGAUCAUAUAUCUUGCCUUUAAUUAAAUCAGCUUUUGGUUUUUACGUGUUCUUGAUUUA